GUGCAACCUCAUUCCUGUUUACGGAAUACCAGUAUGUUGGUGUUUUCAUGGUUGCUUUUGCAAUUCUGAUCUUCGUAUUCCUCGGCUCUGUUGAGGGUUUCAGCACGAAGAGCCAGGCAUGUACGUAUGACAGCUCCAAAAUGUGCAAGCCUGCGCUUGCAACUGCUAUCUUCAGUACCAUAUCCUUUUUGCUUGGUGCUGUAACCUCUGUGAUUUCGGGGUUUCUUGGAAUGAAGAUUGCAACAUACGCAAAUGCACGGACUACCUUGGAGGCUAGAAAGGGUGUUGGUAAGGCCUUUAUUGUUGCAUUCCGUUCUGGUGCCGUGAUGGGUUUUCUUCUUGCUGCAAAUGGUCUUCUUGUUUUGUACAUCGCCAUCAACCUAUUCAAGUUAUACUACGGUGAUGACUGGGAAGGACUAUUUGAGGCUAUAACUGGUUAUGGGCUUGGUGGAUCGUCAAUGGCCCUUUUCGGUAGAGUUGGUGGAGGUAUUUACACUAAAGCUGCCGAUGUUGGAGCUGAUCUUGUCGGCAAGGUAGAGAGAAACAUCCCUGAAGACGAUCCUAGAAAUCCAGCGGUUAUUGCUGACAAUGUCGGUGACAAUGUUGGAGAUAUUGCUGGGAUGGGAUCGGAUCUAUUUGGAUCUUACGCAGAGUCAUCAUGUGCUGCCCUUGUCGUUGCUUCUAUCUCCUCAUUUGGAGUCAACCAUGAGUUCACUGCCAUGCUAUAUCCUCUUCUGAUCAGCUCUGUCGGCAUCCUUGUGUGUUUACUUACCACCUUAUUUGCGACUGAUUUCUUUGAAGUCAAGGCUGUGAAGGAAAUCGAGCCAGCGUUGAAGAAGCAACUUGUAAUCUCAACCGUUCUCAUGACAAUUGGAAUCGCUCUUGUUUCUUGGGUUGCCCUUCCAUCAACUUUCACAAUAUUCAAUUUCGGAGUUCAGAAAGAAGUUCAGAGCUGGCAGUUGUUCUUAUGCGUCGGAGUUGGUCUGUGGGCUGGACUUAUAAUUGGAUUUGUUACCGAGUACUAUACCAGCAAUGCGUACAGCCCAGUGCAAGAUGUUGCUGAUUCUUGCCGUACUGGCGCAGCCACUAAUGUUAUUUUCGGCCUUGCCUUGGGCUACAAAUCGGUUAUUAUUCCAAUUUUUGCGAUAGCAAUUAGCAUCUUUGUUAGCUUCAGUUUUGCUGCAAUGUACGGUAUUGCAGUCGCUGCUCUUGGAAUGCUGAGCACCAUAGCUACUGGUUUGGCAAUUGAUGCCUAUGGUCCCAUCAGUGACAACGCAGGAGGCAUUGCUGAGAUGGCUGGGAUGAGCCACAGAAUCAGAGAGAGAACCGAUGCCCUUGACGCUGCAGGAAACACUACCGCUGCUAUUGGAAAGGGAUUCGCCAUUGGAUCUGCCGCUCUUGUGUCUCUGGCUCUCUUUGGUGCAUUUGUGAGCCGUGCAGGAGUUGCCACAGUAGAUGUCUUGACACCGAAAGUAUUCAUUGGAUUGCUUGUCGGUGCAAUGCUUCCUUAUUGGUUCUCCGCCAUGACUAUGAAGAGCGUGGGAAGUGCUGCGCUUAAGAUGGUUGAGGAAGUGCGUAGGCAAUUCAACACGAUCCCUGGACUAAUGGAAGGAACCGCAAAACCUGAUUAUGCAAACUGCGUCAAGAUCUCCACUGACGCAUCAAUCAAAGAAAUGAUCCCACCUGGUGCACUUGUUAUGCUUACUCCAUUGAUUGUAGGGACAUUAUUCGGUGUGGAAACACUUUCCGGUGUGCUUGCAGGAUCUCUUGUCUCCGGUGUACAGAUUGCCAUCUCUGCAUCGAACACCGGUGGUGCUUGGGACAACGCCAAGAAGUACAUCGAGGCCGGAGCUUCAGAACACGCGAAAUCUCUUGGCCCCAAGGGAUCCGAUCCACAUAAGGCUGCUGUCAUCGGUGACACUGUUGGCGAUCCUCUCAAGGACACAUCUGGACCAUCAUUGAACAUCCUCAUCAAGCUCAUGGCUGUCGAGUCACUUGUUUUCGCUCCCUUCUUCGCCACCCACGGUGGUCUCCUCUUCAAGCUCUUUUAAGAUGAAACCAACACAGCUAUGUCCAACAUAUAGGUCAAUGGCAAAAAUUUUAUGAGUAGUUCUGAAAUAUCCAACAUUCAUUUCUUAAAGAGUAAAAUGUAUCCUAUAUGUAGUAUAUGUACUUAUUAUAGAAGUUUGAAAAUUUUGUAAGCUUUUAUUUGUUGUUA